AGAGCAGCCCCGAAAGGAGAGGGGUCAUGGAGGCAUGAAGGGGGAGAGGUGCUAGUCAUUCAUAUAUUGUGGGGAAGGAACUAGCAAGAAGAACCGAAAGGCUAGGGGAAGGGACUGGGGAGGAAUUUUUAACUCCACGGAAGAUUCUCCUGGCUCCCACAUUGGAAUUUUACCCCCCAAACAAUGUGGAUUAAACCCAGGUCCCUAGAACUCAUGUUCCUAUAGGGAAGGUUUUGGUUGGACUGAGAUUUCUUUGCCUAAAAGAGAGCAGGCAAGUGUGACAGAUGUAUCCUUUUUUGCAUGAGGAUCACAACUGGAAGGAAACUUCUAGAUAGAUGAUUUUCUAGAAUCCUCAUCCUCAGCUCUCCCACCUGCCUCCCACCUCUACUGCUCCCACUCUGCAGAGUCCCUGAGUUCUAUCCUUGUUCUAGCCUUGCGUUGCGUCUGACAGUUUCCACUAGGCCUUAUCUGUAGGGCAGGAUUCAGGCAUCAAGAUGAAGUAUAUUCUGUCAAUCUUGCUGAUGGUGACUGGUGUUAUUUCAUUUGAUAUAGAAGACACGGAAAGUUUAGAUCAUCUUCUCUUAUUACACCUGCAUUCCAGUUACCAGUCGUGUGUGGGGACUCCGAUUGCCCCUCAGUGGGUGAUAACAUCGGCACACUGCUUCUUACCAGACCUCCAGAUCAUCUUUCACGGUGGUUCCCCAAAUAUCCAAGAUGCUAUUGGGGAGAUUAUACCUUAUGAGAAGAUCAUCAUUCACCCAAACUUCACUGCCACUUCUCCUAAAAAUGACCUGAUGCUGAUAAAGUUAUCUGUACCUUUCACCUUCUUCUUCAAAAGAGUUUUUCAGUGGCCCUCUCUCAUGACAAAGGAAGCCAAAGAUUGCAUAGUCUACACCUGGUUAAGCAAUAGAGAAUUUGGAAACACAGAUGGUAACCUGCAGAGCGUUAAGAUUAAAUUGAACCAUAACUUAAACUGCAAAAAAGUACUGCAUGAAAAAUCCCUUGAGGACAUGUUCUGUAUAGGAUACCUACUAGGAAACAAAGAGGAAUGCCAGGUGAUUACAGCUGCACCAGCUAUAUGUGGCAAUGAGUUACAAGGAAUUUUGUCUUGGGAAUCCGGAUGUAUUCUGAAGGGAUACAUUGUUCUCUUUACUGACCUCCACAGCUAUGUUCCAUGGAUUGAAAACAUUAUUUCUACAAAAUAAACUGUAGAUCUCCAUUGACACCCUGACCAAUUACCUCCAGCUGAUCCAGGGCAACCACAUUUUGUAUCUCUGUCCCAGUCUUUCCUAGGCUCUAGACUUGACUGGAAUUUCAAAAGAGAUCACUUGAUGACU